AUGAAAAUCAUCGUCCUCGUCCUCGUCCUCAGUCUCGCCGUUCACCAGAUAAAUGCGGCCGCAUUCUGUCCUUCAUUGCCAGCUGAGAUCACUUGGGCUCCCGAUGGUGGAGCAGCUCAUCUCGACUACUAUGGCACUGGGAAAUGGUGUAGCAACGUUAAUGGAAGCCGCUAUAAAUGUUACAACGAUGGCGACUCAGACGAAUGCUAUUUGGUCCGGUGCGACCCACUUCCAGCAUGGGUAACCUCGGCGCCGACUGGAAACGCCGAUUACGACAGCCGUGUCGAUGGAUGUAAAUCAAUUGAGCAGUGUUUGUUCGACGGCGAAUCCAACAAAUGCUACUCGGAUGUUUGUCCGCCCUUGCCGGCUAACAUCACCUGGGAACCACAAAACGUCGCAACUUUCGACUACUAUGAAGAUGGAUGUAGAGGCACUCGUUUGUUGUGUUACAAUGACGGGGUUUCUGAUGCUUGCUACUUGCCAAACAAAGGACCUUGUCCACCAAAGCCGAUUUCGAUCAACUGGGAGCCAGAGAGUUCCGCUCAUUUCUCCGAGUACAGUGAUACGCCGUGUGGCCGGGGCACAGAUUGCUACAAUGACGGAGAGGCUGAUCAAUGUUAUAUGACUGUGGGGAAAUGUUUGCCGAAACCCGACUCGAUCUUCAACGAGCCCACGGGACCCGCUCUUGUUGGUCGUUGUCCUGAAGGCUUUGAAUGUUUCCACGAUGGAUCGAGCAAUCAAUGCUAUUGCUAUGAUACGGCUGGACCAAACAUCUGUCUGGACGCUCACAAUCAGGCUCUGUGCGAUCACAAGAGCAACAUGUGCGCGAAGACUUGCGGAUUUUGUGUUGGCCCCGGUUCCGCCUGGAAGCACGAUCAUGUCGAAUCGAUCCACGUCAUAGACAAGCAGCGCUACAUCACCGAAUUCGUCGCUCGUCGUCACGACAUUGAGGAAAAGAUCCGUGAUUUCAUCAACAAGAUGGAGACGAAAUUCCUUGAUGAAUCGAUUGGUCGUGUGAUGCCCAAGACCGAAACGAGCAAGGCCGACACUGCGAUGAACCGCGAUAAGAGUGGCAACAAAGUGGUCAUCAACAAGGAUAUCUUCUGGAAAAGGAUAAAACGACUCUACGAAGCAUGGGUAAACUGU